AUGACUCUUACCCCUGCUGCAGCAGUAUUACUGCCCUUCUGCUGGUUGUUCUUCUUCAUGGCAAUCAGCAGCUUCACCUAUGGAAGCCUCGUGCUGGCCUGCCAGUCUACUGAAAGGCGGGCUCUUUUAGAUCUCAAAAAGGGCUUGGUCGACUCUUCCGACUGGCUCGAGUCCUGGGCAACUGGUGAUUGCUGCAAAUGGUCAGGAGUCGUCUGCCACAAUGUUACGGGCCAUGUCACUGAGCUCCAUCUCGGAGCUGCUGAUUUGCCUCCACUGACGACGUUCAGUGGAGAGAUCAGCCCUUCUCUAGGCGAUCUGAAGCAGCUGAGCUACUUGGACUUGAGCAACAACGACUUCUCGGGGUCCUCGGUACCUGACUUCCUCGGCCAUCUCGCGAACUUGAGGCUGCUCAACCUUUCCGGAGCAGGGUUCACUGGGACGAUCCCUCCCCAGCUCGGGAACCUCUCGCGUCUAAGGUACCUGAACUUGCAAACUAACUAUGGCGGGAACCUCACCGUCGAACACUUGGACUGGAUUUCCGGUCUGUCUAGGAUGGAGUUUUUGGAUUUGAGCUAUGUGGAUCUCGGUAUAGCCUCCAAUUGGCUCACCGUGGUGAACAAGCUUCAUUUCCUGCAAGAACUCCACUUGUCAAACUGCAGACUUCGUUCCAUUCCCAGUUCCCUCAAUAAUGUCAACUUUUCGUCGCUUUCUGUUCUUGAUCUUUCCUACAACAACUUUGACGAUCCUUUGUUCCCGAGUUGGUCCUUCCAUCUUGGUUCUCUGACAACCCUCAACCUCGCAAACAACCGGUUUCGUGGUCCGAUUCCUGAGGGUCUGCACAACAUGACUUCCCUCAGGCAACUUGAUCUGUCCUGGAACCAAUUCACCUCCUUGGAACCAAACUGCUUUCUUGGGUUGAGCCAGCUUCAGCUUCUCAACCUUGCGCAGAACGGGUUGGAAGGCGAGAUCUUUUCAGGUGCUAUGCAAAACAUGACUUCUCUCAUAGACCUGGAUUUGUCCUCCAAUGAUAGGCUCGAGUCUCGGGAUGGGAUUCCAGACUACUUCAGAACUUUUUGCAGCCUGAGGACUGUAACUCUGUCAGGGGUCAAUUUAAGGCAGGAGGUUGAUGAAGCUCUCAGGGUUCUUUCAGGAUGCCCUGCAAGAACUUUAGAGUCUAUCAGGCUUUCUAACUGUCAACUGUUUGGUCACCUGAUUAACAUUCCUUUCAGAAACUUUCAGAAGCUAGACACUCUAUCCUUGUCAAGAAACAUAAUUGCAGGUCAAAUUCCAGCGUCUUUGACCGAUCUGGCAUCUUUGAGAUACCUUGAGAUUUUCAGCAACAAGUUGGACGGGCCUCUUCCUUUAGGUAUUGGAAGCCUCUCACAGUUAGAAUCCAUUGACAUCUCAGAGAAUUCAUUGGAAGGUGAUGUUGAGGAAUCUCAUUUCCACAACUUCACAAAGCUUUGGCUUUUCCAAGCAUCAGGAAACAGACUGAGCUUGAAAGUUGGUCCCCGGUGGACACCUCCACCACAGAUAGAGAUUCUGGGGAUGGGAUUCUGGCAUUUGGGACCUCAGUUUCCCGCUUGGAUCCGCUCAUUGAAGCUUUUGACAGAGCUCAACAUGUCGAGCUCAGGAAUUUCGAGCUCCAUACCAUCUUGGUUGUUCUUCAACUCACACUUCUACAGCAUCGAUCUCAGCUCUAAUCUUUUGAAUGGUCCGUUGCCAAACAUCUAUCCUUUCAUGAGUAUUUUAGACCUUUCCAACAAUUCGCUGUCUGGAUCUCUAUCAGACUUCCUGUGUUACAAACCGGAUGAAGAGAAAACCAUGCAAGUGAUGAACCUUGGAGCAAAUGAGUUCCUUGGAGAGAUUCCUGAUUGCUGGAGGAGUUGGAAGUUCCUGGAGGCCAUAAAGUUGAGCAGCAACAAGUUUCGAGGUAAAAUCCCUCCAUCACUAGGAGCACUCGCAUUCCUCCAGUCACUUCACCUUCGAAACAACAAUCUCUCUGGAGAAAUCCCACCAUCACUUGCAAACAGUACCAAGAUGGUGGCCCUUGACUUCAGCAGAAACAAUUUGGAAGGAAGCCUUCCAGCUUGGAUAGGUGGUGGGUUUUCAGGAAUGAUGAUUCUCAACCUGAGGGACAACAAGUUCCACGGUCAGAUACCGAAGGAGCUUUGCGUGGCGAACUCCUUACGCAUUCUGGACCUUGCUGACAAUAAUCUCACUGGUGAAAUACCCAGAUGUUUCAACAACUUCACUGCAAUGGUUCAAAUGAAUGAUUCCGAGGGUGUCAUCCAGCUGAGCUACAAUGGCACAGGCCCAUUCUUCGAGACAGCAGUGGUUGUGAUCAAAGGGAAGUUGUAUGAAUAUGGCUCCAUCCUCAAAUUUGUGAGAAGCAUUGACCUGUCAAUGAACAAAUUAGUUGGGAAGGUGCCCGAAGAGAUUACGAGACUUGGAGGUUUGCAGUCUCUAAAUCUGUCAGAUAAUUCCCUCACAGGAGACAUCCCCCGAGACAUAGGAUCCAUGAGAUCCCUGGAAUCGAUCGACCUUUCUCUCAACCAAAUCUCUGGUGAAAUCCCUCCAAGCAUGUCUGGGAUGACAUUUCUGAGCUUUCUGAACUUCUCCUCCAACAGAUUGAGUGGCAGGAUUCCUUCCAGCACUCAACUGCAGAGCCUGAACUCCUCCAGUUUUGCUGGAAAUAAGGACCUCUGCGGUCUUCCACUUGCGAAGAAUUGCACCAGAGACCGAGUUACUGAUGAAAGCGGUGGAAAUGGGAGGGAUGAGCCUGAUGAAGGGGAUGGGAGUGGCUCGGAAUUUAAAUGGUUUUAUGUCAGCUUGGCACUUGGUUUCAUAGUGGGCUUUUGGGGUGUGGUGGGUUCCAUGGUACUCAAUAAGCAGUGGAGGUAUGGCUACUUUCAUUUUGUGGAUCUUCUGUGGGACAAACUAUGUUGCCGCUACUGA